GCAUGUCGCAAGGGCUCCCGGCCGCCGGCAGCGUCCUGCAGAGGAACGUCUCGGCGCCCGGGAACCAGCCGCAGAGCCCUGAGGAUGAUGACAGAAAGGUCCGAAGGAGAGAAAAAAACCGAGUUGCUGCUCAGAGAAGUCGGAAGAAGCAGACGCAGAAAGCUGACAAACUCCAUGAGGAAUAUGAGUGCCUGGAGCAAGAAAACACAGUGCUGCGGAGAGAGAUCGGGAAGCUGACGGAGGAGCUGAAGCACCUGAGCGAGGCGCUGAAGGAGCAUGAGAAGAUGUGCCCGCUGCUGCUGUGCCCCAUGAACUUGGUGCCGGUGCUGCGGCCGGACCCCGUGGCCAGCUGCCUGCCCCGGUGAAGCCCAGGGAGGAGCCUUGAUCUUUUUCACACCUGGGAGGAGGGUUCCCUCCCCAUCUGUGUACAGGGGACCUGUGGCCAGGCCUCCUCCAGCGUUUCCUCUUCCUGAAGAGGUCAUCUUCUAUCUCCUCAAGUGGUUUGCGGCUCAUGGGUCUUGCUUCCCCGUCCUGGUCAUCUCCCCCACAGCCAGGCCUCCUCCUCAGGGCUCUGGGCCACAUCCCACGGGCCCCUGACUCUCAGAGCCCUGAGUGGAUCCAGGUCGGGAGACGCC